CACGCAACACACCAUUAAUCUUCGAUCCCCUCUUUUGUAGCUGAGAGAGAGAGCUCUGAAAAAUAAUAUCCAUUUCCAAACCAAACAAAUAUGGACUGGAAUGGCAUCUUCAGGCCCCCUCCUUUUCUAUCAGAAUCUUCCUCUCCCUUCCUCUACAAUUUGGAUAAUCACUUCCCACCUGAGCUGGAGUUCGGGAUGAAGCAGGCCGGCGCGGUAGACGGUCGGCAAUUAGGUGUGGCAGGCGGUGGAGUGGAUAAGAAGAGGAGGUUAAGUAACGAUCAGUUGGAGGUAUUGGAGAGAAGCUUUGGAGAGGAGGUGAAGCUUGAUCCUGAUAGGAAAAUAAAGCUGUCCAAGCAACUUGGGCUUCAACCAAGGCAAAUUGCUGUGUGGUUUCAGAAUAGAAGAGCUCGCUGGAAGGCCAAGCAACUUGAGCAUCUCUAUGAUGCCCUCAAACAAGAGUUUGAUACCAUUUCUAAGGAAAAAAACAACCUUCAACAAGAGGUGAUGAAACUGAGAAGCAUGAUAAUAGAACAAGCGGCGAGGAAUCAAGGGUCGGGGGCGGAUGUGUCGGGCGAAGAGACGGUGGAGAGCACGUCGGUAGGGGGUCGGAGCUGCUGCAACAAUUACAUAUACAAUGUGGCCGAAGAUUUCAACCAAAUAUCAGCAUCAGCAUCAGCAUCAGCUUCAGCUUCAGCUUCUCCAUUAUUCUGGGGCGCUGGUCACCACCUGCCUUCUUAUCCUUAGCAAUUCAGCCUUAGUUUUACCUUACAAAAUUGCAUUAAACUUUAAUUUCUUACUGUGCAUCAUCCAAGACAUGAAGUUCAGUUCAUAUUGCCUACACUACUUUCUACUGCUUUUUGCCAAUUACCAGG